UCGGUGGGAGUCACUCCAUCUCCUCUCGUUAGAUUCCCUCACACCUUACAGCACUUCUGCAUGGACUUAGUCGAUUGGACUACCUUUUUAAUAGAAAUUCUCGAGCUGCUAAAGUAUUUCCUUGAUUUCUUUUCUGCGCGGUGUCUUAUAAAGGGGGAGUAUUUUGGAACAACAUGGAAAAAGAGAGAAGAUCCUCCAAACAGUACGGCUCUCUGGAGAAGACGCAGGUGGACACAGCGACGGAGAAAUCCACAGAGGAUGUCAUUUCCAUGGCUGACUCUACCAUUACGAUCGAGGACAUUGAAGGAGAGCUGGGCAAAAUCGAUCGCAUAAGAGACAUCCUCGUCCGGAGGGAAUCGGAGCUGAGAUACAUGAUGGACGACAUCCAGCUCUGCCGAGAAAUCACGAGGCUGAAGACGGAGCUGCAGAAACUGGUCUCGACUCCAGACGGGGAGAAGUCCAAGGCGCACAGAGAGAGGGAGGAGGAGCUGCUGCAGCAGGUCAACAAGCUGGUGGAAACCAGAGACUUCCUGGUGGAUGACGUGGAGUUCGAGAGGCUCAGGGAAAGAGAGGAAGAUAGAGAGAUGGCAGUCUUCUUACAGUCUAAAUUUCCCAAGACACCGGCUGCAAAAGGUGCUUUGCAGGAUCAAAACAUGGCGUCCAAGUCCCAGCAGACGUCAGCACCGUUUUUCAGUAAAACUGGACUCACACUGCUGAAAGACUGCUGCAGCUUCACCUGCUCCAUCAUGUAAUACUGUGUGUGUGUGUGUGUGUGUGUGUGUGUGUCUUCCAUGCUGUCACCUUUUGGCGGAAUGGGCCGCCAUUUGCAACUGCCUGAAUCCGGCUCCCAAUCACCUAUUGGCGGCUAAGAUUGGUGUGCAUGCAUUUUACGUACAUACUGCAUUGUACAAACCCGUUUGUGAGAAUGUUUUUAAUAGGUAGAGUAGGAUUUUGAAUUUCUGUUAGCUGUUAAAGCGUCACUGAGGGAACAAAUUACACUUGCUGUAGUUCUGUAUUUAGUAUUAUUGUUAGGCUUGUGAUUACUUUUGUUUUUGAUUAUUUGGAGUGGUUUCAUCUUUUUUUUCUUAUUCAGUUAAUGGUUGGGACCAUGAAAAUGUUACAGUUGGCAUUAGCAGCGGACGAGGGGAGAUGCCCUAUGUGAAAAGGACAAUUUUAUGAAUAAAAUAAAAAUGCAGACCUUUUUACUUGUUUUUGGUCAUCCAAUGGAGACACAGCUGAGCGGAUUUAUGCAGAAGGCUGUCUGCAGAUAUUGUUCAUUUCUGUUUGCUAUUUAUUUACUCAGCAGACCACAACUUAAACCAAAGUCUGAUGUCUGAUUCCGAUGUAAUUAAGUAACUUAGCUUAAAAGAGAAAAUGUGUAGUCUAAUAUUAUUUUCUGUGACUGUAGAAUGUAUCAUCUUUGCAAUGCUGUUUAGUUUUCGGCCCCUUUUUGAGCUUCAUCAAGAGUAUUUAAA